AUGAAACACAGUCUUGCCACGCUGAAAAGCCGAAAAGUUCUGGUUAUUCUUGGAGGAAAAAGAAAUUAUUGUUUUGAUUCGGCUUUUGAAAAUCCUAGUGUUGGUUUACGCAUAUGCCAAACUUCAUGUGAAAGUCAAGAGUUCACCUAUGAAAUGGAUAACACUAUCCAUCAUCUAGGUCCGUGUUUGGAAAUCAAUCUAAAAAAAAUCAACAUUGAAACUUGCUGAAUGUUUUGGAUCUGUAAAUCAACAAUGGGAAUUUAAUCGGAGGCCAUAUCUACCAUCUGUGAAUAGUUAUUAAUAGGUUGGAUGGAUUGAGCAUACUUUAUCACAGUCCCUGUUUCCUCAUUUCACGUUCAACUUAUCAGAUAUACAUAUGUAUAUUAAAAAUGUCUUUCUUUAAAUCUUGUCCACCGAA